ACUCCACUUGUUUGAAGCCAGCGAAGCGACCCAGUUCCAGCAGGUGAUUUAUUCUCAUGCAGUCGGUUUGUUUAUGGAUGUCCUAGUAGCUGAUUCUAGGUCCCGCUCUCACGUUUCCCGAGAUUCCGGACAUUGCGUCGCGCAAAUGAACGGCCCCGAUGUCUCGGAACCACAGGAGCACGUGCAUCGUGCGGUGUCGCCUGUUCCUCCUCGGCCCGUGAAGUCGAAAUACAGCCACCGGCGAAGCCAUUCUGACAGUUUCCAGUUCGACCCGGCGAUGAAUCAGGCGUCAGCAGCUGGGUCUCGUCUUCAGGUCGUAAAUUAUGGCCAUCAUUUGGGCUCGAGUGCUCGCGUUGGAGGGCGAAGCGAAGAUACUAUUAUCGAGGAUAAAGUUGCGGAGAUUACUACUAGCCACCACCGACGGCAUUCGGGAGAAAUCUCUUCUCCUGAUUAUCCGCAGGACCCGCAGCAUUCUCCGGACGAGAUGAAACAGGCUCGGAAACAACUUCCUGACUGGAACAGCUAUAACGCGUACAAUCAGCAGCCUCGUUCGAGGCAACAACCCUCCCCGCAAAAAUCGCCGCCAAGUUCUGCUCUAAAUUAUGUCGGAGUUGGGCAAGAAGCUAGACGUUCGCAGGCAACCAAUCAGCAAUGGCCGCUAAAAACGCCGUAUACUGGCAGCGACAUUUCUUCAGGAAGAAACAGCAGCCCCAAUGGUUACAACAACAACAGCAGCAGCAGCAGUAUCAGCGGAAGCCCCAGCAGGAGCGGGAAUAGCGGCGUCAAUCGCGGCGCCGGAACCGGGAACAGUGCCUUGUACGGAACGAGCGGCGGCAGCAGUAACUCCAGCUACAGUGGUGGUGGUAACGAUGGCGGCUCGACUGGGUACAGCGGUAGUAACGGCAGUGUUACAGGUAACAGCACGAGUACCACCACCAACACUAAUGUGGUCUAUGGCCUAGCUGGUAGUAGCAGCUUCGGCGGUACUAUCGUGGGUGGCGGUGGUGGGUAUGCUUCGUCCCAGCCUAAGUACCCAGCUGACGUGAGCAGGCCUCCUAAGCCAAUGGCGGCCCGUCACCGCCGGAUCCGCUCCGAAGACUUCGCCAUCGCCGCGUUUUCCGCUGCUGACGCGACGGACGAUUUCCAAGGCUCCUCCGCAACGAGCGCCGCAUCUCGCGGCGCGCCGGAGGGGAUUAAAGCCAGCGGCUCGAGAGGCAGGCAACCCCCUUUAGUACCUGCCCCGCGUAGGUCGCAAGAAUGGCCGCUCGCCGCGGGACCCGGACCGACUGGUCGGAGUAGCCGGCCAGCGCCCGCUAGCAGUGAGCAAACUGACGGUCCGGCAGGCUGGAGCCCGGUUCCCAGGCACGUGAGUCCGGAGAGCACCAGGACGAGACGUGAGGGGGAGGAGACAGGGAUCAGCGGUGUAAGCGCGCUUGGGUACGGCAAAAGCGGGCAUAGGCGAAGCCAAAGCGGCGGCCCUGGUGGCGUUGUCGGGUGGGGAAUAACAGCAGAGAAUCGCCGGCAGGUCAGCCCGCAGCAGCUACCGUCAGCCGUCAGGGAUUAUUCUGACGGUCCGUCAGGAAGGCUGGGAGGCGCAGGAGGGAGUACGAGCCCGGAGGAAAGGAGACGGCGCGAAGGAGAGAUUGUGGGGGGGGGAGGGGGAAACACAAGCGGAACGGGCAGACCAGUAGGGGGGCGGAGCAGCGUGGGCGGGGGAUCUGGGGGAACCAGCAGCGGCGGAGGGGCUAGGGCUUCUCUUGGUGGCGGGGGAGGGGGAGGCGGAGGGGGAGCGGGGGGGCAGAAGGCUGUUGGCAUGGGGAAUGGUGAAGGGAGUGGGGGCGAGAGAAGAGGCGGAAGUCAGGGGGAGCGGGCGCGGGGGGGCAUAAGAAGCGCAGCUGACGAUGAGUACGAUGGGGAGGCGGAAGACGCGGGGGAGAGGCGGGUGAGGGGCAAUGGGGGGGGGGUAGGAGGGGGAGCAGGAGGGGGAGCGGGCAUUUGGGAUAGGCGUCAGGCCCGAGCCAGCAGCGACAAGCAGCAGAAAGAACAGCAGCAGCAGCGGCAGCAGCAGCAGCAGCAAGGGACUCCGCACCAGUCUCCCCCGCAUCAGCAGCACCACUCCCCCCCUCACCAGCAGCAACAGCAAUCACCACCACCGCAGCAGCAGCAGCAGCCGCCACUGCAGCCGCUGCAACCUCUAGGCUUAGCGGCGGUCAGGCGAACCUCCCGGUCCCGCGACGGCAGCCCCAUCGACCCACGGCGCACCACUAAGACUCCUCCUAGGAGCCCCGUUCUGGCCUUUGGCGGGGCAGCAGGCGGAGCAGCAGGGGGAGCCGCAGGGGCAGCGGGAGGGGGGAGGGGCAGCUCCUAUGGAAGUCCUCAGCGUAGCAGGCAAGGGGGAGGAACAAGGGGAAGCGCUCCCCUAGGCGCACGCGGGGGGGCGCCAGCAGGCGGAGGGGGGUAUUCUGGGGGGCUGGGGGGAGGGGGAGCUGCGCCUUCCGGGGUGCUUCCUGUGCGCCCAAGCCCUGGGUGGCUGGCGGGGGGAGGGGCAGGGGUGGGGGCAGGGGGGGGGGAAGUGGCGCGGGAGGAGGGGGAGGCGGCGCAGGGGGAGUGCCUGUUAAGAAGGGCGGCCAUAGGAGAUCCGCUAGUUGCGAGGCCUGGUUCACCCCUGGAGCAGGCUUUAAUCCGCAUGUAGGCGGCUUUAAUCUGCAGGGAGGCGGCUCCCCAGGAGGCAUGGGCGGGUCCCCUAUGGGGGGAGCGAGCCCCUAUGCUGGUGCCCCGC